GGUGGCCCAGAUCGUUCCUCAGAACUGUGCACUGUGCAGUUCCUUGUUUUAAUGUUGUCGACUCAGUUUCAGACUUCAGUGCAGAUUUCAGUCCUUCGCUGACCGUUGACCAUCUUAGACUUGUCAACCCGAAACAACAUCGUAUUUAAUUAAGACAAACACCUUUUUUCCAACGGAAUCAAUUUCUAAAGGAGAGCACAAUCUAAUUUGACGUACUCCGCCGGAUCGUAGAUUGUUACAGACCAGAUUUGACAAAUCUUUCAACGAUGAAGUCUUCAAUUUUCUCUUUCGUCUUCAUCUCCCUCAUGGCGCUUUCUUUCGGCCAAGAUGGAGUUGCAGAAACAAAAUUAACUGAAGUAACCAGUAGGGUGCCAGUAAUAGAGACAAAGCCUAACCCAACUAUACCUGUGCCGCACCCUUUAACUACAACCCUAGCUCCAACUACAACCCCAGCUCCGACUACAACCCCAGCUCCGACUACAACCCCAGCUCCGACUACAACCCCAGCUCCGACUACAACCCCAGCUCCGACUACAACACCAGCUCCGACUACAACCCCAGCUCCGUCUACAACCCCAGCUCCGACUUCAACCCAUGCUCCAGCACCAACCACAACCACAGUCCCUUCCUCAACCCCAACUCCAGCCACUUCCACAGCCCCGACCCCAACUUCACCAAAACCAAAAACUUGGGACUGGGAUGUUGAAAAGAAUGGAACUGUAUGCAUUUUGGCCAAGAUGAACAUAAAUUUGGACCUGAAAAGGGUAGAAGAACAUAGGGAUGUUGUCUUCAAUGUGCCAAAGAAUGCAAUAGCGACGGGACUCUGUGACAGUAAACAGCAGGCUCUCAUACUGACAUGGGAUACGAAGUCGAAUUCUUCAAAUUCCUCAAAUAUGCUCACUUUCUGGUUCCAGAAAAAUGACACCUCUAAAAACUAUUACAUUAACAGAGUUGAAGUCAAACUGUAUAACAAGAACGUAGUCUACAAUGGAACUAAAUAUAAUUUAACAAUGUAUGAGACAAAGGAAAACACUUCUUACAGUUGCUCUUACUCUAGCCCAAUCGAAAUCAAAACACCAAACAACACGCUCACCAUUUCUCUUAGUGACAUCCAUCUCCAGGCGUAUCUUAACGAUUCCGCCGCCACUGCAGAUUUUAAACAAGCAUAUUCUUGUGCACCUGACUCACCCGAUCUCGUGCCCAUCUUGGUGGGAGUCGCUUUGACCUUGUUGAUUAUCACUGUGCUCAUUGCGUACCUUUACUCAAGGAAGAGGAACCAGGCAAGGGGAUAUCUCAGCAUGUAAAAUUGCCGGUAUUAUGUGUAAAGACUGGUACUUCAGGGUGGAGAUAUUAAAA